AUGUCAGGUUUGCUGCCUUACAGAUCUCCAAUGAGGCUGUGCCUGUGCCUCAUAUGUCUCCUGUCCCUUUGGAAUACAGAACUUCCUGCAAAGGCGGUUGAUCUGUCUGCACUUAACCUGACAGAACUUGUGAAUGGGAUGCUGAGCAAAGCUUUAAACGAAAGCAGGACUUUCUUCUCCUUGCUGAGCAUUACAUCUUACAGUUCCUUUGCCUUCCACAAGUUUUCCGUGGCCAUUUACAACAUUUCCAACCUGAAGACGGUGGACCCAGCCAAAUUUCCCUCCCGGUACUGCUACUGUUUAAACAAUAGAACCAAUGAUUUAUCAGAUUUCACUGCCCUCCUGGUGGACAUUAUUGGAAAUUCUACUAGCUACCUCACAGAAAUUUUUAAGUCAACCUCUAUUCUCUCAGUGAGUCAGAUGGAUGAAUCAGACUGCAUCUUCAUCUGUGUCAUGACAGGAAAGGCAGGGAAGAAUAUUUCUGACUUCUGGGAAUUAGCGGAAAAAUCUCCAGUUAUCAAUUACACAUUCACCAGCAGCAUGUCUGGUAUUUUGGGUGCAGCUCUCAGGGGAACAGAUAGCACUUCAAAGGUCAGCCCCCAAAGCAAAGACACACUACCAAGGACCGGACUCCCCCAUGGAGCCCAAAGCCCUGGAACAUCUACUUCAGCGACCACUUCUUGGAUAAAGACAGCUCCUCCUUCAGAAGGGGAGUGGACCCUGUACACUGACCCUGAGCAUCCUCCCCAGUCUACCACCAGGUCGAGCAGCUCCUACUCCUGGAGCCCACCAUUGGAGGCUGAGAAAACCUCCAGCAUCAGGACCAGUUCUGAACUUCCAGCUGUGACAGUGGCCAUGCUUGACAACUCAGCCCAGCCCAGCCCAGUCUCAGGAACUUUCACUGCCAGCACACAGACCCUCAGUCCAACCAAAGCACCAGCCCCCAAAUCUUCGCAGACAGCUUGGCCCUAUAACCCGGAAGAAGAGGCAGCCCAAGUCCCAGGGCCCCAUCAAGUUUCACGGUGUCCUCGGCCUCUUCUCAAAGAGGGGACUGUCACAGCCUCCCCCCUUCCCCUGGAUAUUCAGAAGCUCAAACCCUGCCUGAUGGAACUGUGCCGCUAUUUUCAGCAAUGCCUCUGCAUGAAACACAAGGGGAGCACUAGAAUGGAGGCCAUGAGAUACUGUCUUGAAUACUAUUCCUGGUUCCUGAAGAAUGCAACACAUGUCUGUCAGAAAGUCCAAAGGUUGUCCCACUCCCGCACCUUAAAACAAAAGUGCCUUGAGAAUAUCUGCAAAUCUGUUUGA